CCGUGCCGCAAACAAACAUCGAUCCUUCGGCCUCCCCGUCGCCCCACCCUCCGUCGACGCUCGUCUCCUUCGCCCGCCGCUUUGCGCCGUCGCGCUCGCGCCGAUCUCCGUCACCGCUAGCGGCGGCGCCGGCGUCCUGCUGCUGCUGCUUCCGCCGCAUACUCUCGCCUCGCCUCUGCCUCUGACUCCUUGCCCCCAAGUCCAUCUCCUCGCCCCCUCGACCUCAACCCCGCUCUCCUCGCGGGUUCGACGGCCGCCUGCGCCGAUCUCCAUCCCGCUGUCGCCGCCGCUGACGGAGCCAUGAGCCAGCAGCCGGUGCAGAAGAACACCCUCUACGUAGGUGGGCUGGCGGAGGAGGUGGACGAGAAGAUCCUCCACGCGGCGUUCGUCCCGUUCGGUGAGAUCAAGGACGUCAAGACGCCGCUCGACCAGGCCACUCAGAAGCACCGCUCCUUCGGCUUCGUCACCUUCCUCGAGCGCGAGGACGCCGCGGCCGCCAUGGACAACAUGGACGGCGCCGAACUCUUCGGCCGCGUCCUCACCGUCAACUACGCCUUCCCGGAGCGCAUCAAGGGAGGCGAGCAGGGAUGGGCCGCGCAGCCAAUAUGGGCUGAUGCAGAUACUUGGUUCGAGAGGCAGCAGCAGGAAGAAGAAAUGCAACGCCUUCAGGCAGAGCAGCGUGCCGCAAUGCAGGCAGCAGAGAAGCUGCACAGGGAGAAAUUGGCUGCAGAAAAGGAAGGGGAGAAAGAAGAAGAUACUGAUGCCAAUGCAGACCCCAUGGCCGCAGCAGAAGCUCAAGCCUUGAAGCAGAGCUCUUAAAUCCUGGGGUAUUAUUGUUAGAUCAAGUACUGCAAGCAUGUCCAUUUGUCAAAUGCGUGGUAUUCCAAAUCCGUCGGUGCAACUAACAUGCUAUUCUCAGGGGACUUGCAAGCCUAGUUGUUAAGCUGGAGCUAGUCCGAUUCUUCUUGCAGAGAUGCUUCUGUUCAUACUGGCUGUGUACCACUAGUAACAUGGAUUUAGGGGCUAUGAUAAAAUGGAUUUGUGUUUA